AUGAAGACCUCUGUGUCUCAGACUCUGUGUCCAGAGUGUGAUGAAGACCUCUCUGUCUCAGACUCUGUGCGGCUGGUUGGAGGCUCUGGUCUCUGCUCUGGAUCACUGCAGAUAUGGGACCAGUCCUGGAUCUCGGUCUGUGAAGGGGCCUUGGACCUGAGGGGAGCAGAGGUGCUGUGCAGGGAGCUGGGCUGCAGGGGUCCUUCUGUCCUCCAGGGGGAGCUCUCUCCUCUGGGGCAGACGUUCCACUGUGAGGGCCAUGAGUCUGCUCUGGUGGACUGUCCCCGCUCCAGACCCAAGACCUGUCCCUCUGGACCCAGUGAGGACGUCAUCUGCUCAGAGCCGCUCAGGCUGGUGGGAGGGGCCAGUCGCUGCGCCGGGACAGUGGAGGUCAGACUCAGAGGAGAGUGGAGACGAGUGAUGAAGGCUGAUAGAAGCUGGACCGAGGAGGACUCAGCUGCUGUGUGCAGAGACCUGGACUACUUACUGAACCGUCCAGUCCUGUCCCUCUCUGUGACUGUGGGGGCCUCCCAGGUCCAGGUCUCCCAGGUCCAGGACUCCCAGGUCCAGGACUCCCAGGUCCAGGACUCCCAGGUCGAGGACUCCCAGGUCCAGGUCUCCCAGGUCCAGGACUCCCAGGUCCAGGACUCCCAGGUCCAGGACUCCCAGGUCCAGGACUCCCAGGUCCAGGACUCCCAGGUCCAGGUCUCCCAGGUCGGGGUGCAGGUGGUGCGUGUGCAGUUGGGGUCUCAGUUCUCGGUCCAGUGCUCGGUGAAGCCUCAGUUCCCAGGAGGCUCCUUCCAGCUGCUCUCUCCCUCUGGGAACCACACCCUGCCUGCUGUCAAUCACUCUGCACACUUCCUGUUCAAUCACACUGGCCCCGCCCACAAAGGAGACUACACCUGUGUUUACCACCUACAGGUGUUCAACCACAGCUUCACCUCCGAGAGCGAGAGACUGGAGCUGAGGCUGGGAGGUACGUGA